GCGGCUCCUCCUCGCCAUGGGAGACGUGCUAUCCACACACCUGGAUGACGCUCGGCGCCAGCACAUCUCAGAGAAAACAGAGAAGAUCCUGAAGGAGUUCCUUCAGUUCUACAAGGAUCAGUAUGGCGUUGCUCUCUUCAACAGCAUGCGCCAUGAAAUUGAGGGCACUGGGCUGCCCCAGGCACAGCUACUCUGGCGCAAGGUACCCCUGGAUGAGCGCAUCAUUUUCUCUGGGAACCUUUUCCAGUACCAGGAGGACAAUAAGAAGUGGAGGAACCGCUUCAGCCUGGUGCCUCACAACUAUGGGCUGGUGCUGUACGAAAACAAAGUGGCCUAUGAGCGGCAGAUGCCACCCCGAGCUAUCAUCAAUUGUGCAGGCUACAAAAUCCUCACCUCUGUGGACCAGUACCUGGAACUUGUUGGCAACUCCCUACCAGGGACGUCAUCGAAGUCAGGCUCCGCCCCCAUCCUCAAGUGCCCCACACAGUUCCCGCUCAUCCUCUGGCACCCUCACGCCCGCCACUACUACUUCUGCAUGAUGACGGAAGCCGAGCAGGACAAGUGGCAGGCUGUGCUUCAGGACUGCGUGCGACACUGCAACAAUGGGAUCCCUGAGGCCUCGAAGGUAGAGGGCCCUGCAUUCACUGAUGCCAUCCGCAUGUACCGCCAGUUGAAGGAGCAGUAUGGCACCUGGGAGAUGCUGUGUGGGAACGAGGUGCAGAUCCUGAGUAACCUGGUAAUGGAGGAGCUGGGCCCGGCACUGAAGGCAGAGCUUGGUCCUCGGUUGAAGGGAAAGCCACAGGAGCGACAGCGGCAGUGGAUCCAGAUCUCGGAUGCCGUGUACCGCCUGGUAUUUGAGCAGGCCAAGAUGCGUUUUGAGGAGGUGCUGUCCCAGCUGCGGCAGUCCCGGCCAGCCAUGGAGGCUGUUAUCCGCACCGACAUGGACCAGAUCAUCACCUCCAAGGAUCAUCUGGCCAGCAAGAUCCGAGCCUUCAUCCUCCCCAAGGCAGAGGUCUGUGUGCGGAACCAUGUCCAGCCUUAUAUCCCAUCUAUCCUGGAGGCCCUGAUGGUGCCUACCAGCCAGGGCUUCACCGAGGUGCGGGACAUCUUCUUCAAGGAGGUCACGGACAUGAACCUGAAUGUGAUUAACGAAGGUGGAAUUGACAAGCUGGGUGAGUACAUGGAGAAGCUGUCCCAGCUGGCAUACCACCCCCUGAAGAUGCAGAGCUGCUAUGAGAAGAUGGAACCUCUGCGGCUGGAUGGCCUGCAGCAGCGCUUCGAUGUGUCCAGCACAUCCGUGUUCAAGCAGCGAGCCCAGAUCCACAUGCGUGAGCAAAUGGACAAUGCUGUGUACACCUUUGAGACCCUCCUGCACCAGGAGCUGGGGAAGGGACCCACCAAGGAGGAGCUGUGCAAGUCCAUCCAGCGGAUCUUGGAGCGGGUACUGAAGAAGUAUGACUAUGACAGUAGCUCUGUACGCAAGAGGUUCUUCCGGGAGGCGCUGCUGCAGAUCACCAUCCCCUUCCUGCUCAAGAAGCUGGCCCCUACCUGCAAGUCGGAGCUGCCACGCUUCCAGGAGCUGAUCUUUGAGGACUUUGCCAGGUUCAUCCUCGUGGAGAACACAUACGAGGAGGUGGUACUGCAGACUGUCAUGAAGGACAUCCUGCAGGCUGUGAAGGAAGCUGCAGUUCAGCGCAAACAUAACCUCUACCGGGACAGCAUGGUUCUGCACAACAGUGACCCCAACCUGCACCUGCUGGGGGAGGGUGCGCCCAUCGACUGGGGCGAACAGUAUGGUGACAGCAGUGACGGCGGUGAUGACAGUGGCAGCCCCAGUCCUUGCACCCCUGAUGCAGCCACCCUCACAGAAAAGCGCAGGCGUGCCAAGCAGGUGAUGUCCGUGGUCCAGGACGAGGAGGCAGGGCUGCCCUUUGAGGCUAGCUCUGAGCCGCCAUCACCUGCAUCCCCAGACAGUGUCACUGAGCUCCGAAGCAUGCUGGCCCAAGAUCUGAGGGCUGAGAGCCCGCCAGCCAGCCCCCUCCUCAAUGGGGCCCCUGUCCAGGAGAGCCCUCAGCCCAUGGCUACCCCUGAGGCCUCUUCACCACCAGCCUCACCCCUCCAGCAGCUCUCACCUGGAAAGGCUGUGGACCUUGAGCCCCCUAAGCCCAGUGACCAGGAGACUGGGGAGCAGGUGUCCAGCCCUGGGGGCCGCCCCCCCAUCCACACCACCACUGAAGACAGCUCAGGAGUGCAGACGGAGUUCUAGGCUCGUGGCCUCCUCAGUUCCCUUGGACAUUCGCCAGGCCGCUUCUCCUUGGGCACUGCAGCCUCAGCUCUGUGGAGGGGCACCCCAGCCUGUGCCUUGUAGGGGGAUUUGGACGGGGGUGGUGUGGUAUCCCUAGGGGUCUGGCCUACCUGAGUCACUUUAUGGAGUUCAGUACACCUGUUACUGCUCCUGUUUUCUGUGGGCUGGUCUCAGAUGCUGGGUCUACCUUUGAGGUUUCCCUCUUUGUGCAGGGGACUUGGGAGCCCCUCUAUCCUGCCCUCCUGCGCUCACCUGUUUCCUCUCAUCCUUGGAGGGGUGGUGUCACUGGAAGCCUAGGAAGCUGGCAAACUCCAUCUCACCCUGGGGCUCCUUGAUACCACCAUGGGGAGAAAAAGGGGGAGGGAGACAGACACAAA